AUGACGGAGCCUCCCCCGGCGGGCCGUGACCCCCCGGUCAGCGCUGCGUGUUUGGGCUGCGUCUACCUGCUGGUCUGGGUCACAUCGGCUCUGUCCGUCCUAAUUGAGCUGGCGGACAUCAUCACCUCAGACAUCCUGCACAGCUUCCUGUACGGCCGCUGGAGGCACGUGCUGGGCGAGCAGCCGCCGCACGCGCACCAGCAUCACCUGCAGCACGAGGAGCGAACCGGGCCGAGCGCGAGCCCCAAGACCGCCUUCACGGCCGAGGUGCUGGCCCAGUCCUUCUCUGGAGAGGUCCAGAAGCUGUCCAGCCUGGUUCUGCCCAGCGAGGUCAUCAUCGCGCAGAGUUCGGUUCCGGGAGAAGGACUCGGGAUUUUCUCCAAGACUUGGAUCAAAGCCGGAACCGAGAUGGGUCCAUUUACCGGCCGCCUGGUCUCACCGGAACAUGUGGACCUGUACAAGAACAACAACCUGAUGUGGGAGGUGUUCAACGAAGACGGGUCGGUCCGGUUCUUCAUCGACGCCAGUCAGGAGGACCAGCGCAGCUGGAUGACGUACAUCAAAUGCGCCCGGAACGAGCAGGAGCAGAACCUGGAGGUGGUUCAGGUCGGCAGCAGCGUUUUCUACAAGGCGGUGGAGACCAUCCCUCCGGACCAGGAGCUGCUGGUCUGGUAUGGAAACUCCCACAACACAUUCCUGGGAAUUCCUGGGAUUCCAGGCGCCGACGAGGAGCAGGGAAAGAAAACCAAAACCGAUGAUUUCCACACCUGUGAAGGCUCCUCCUCCUCCUCCUCCUCCUCCGCCUCCUCUUCCUCCUCCGCUUCCUCCUCCAGUCUAGGGCGCAUGCGCUGCGUCAUCUGUCACCGCGGUUUCAACUCCCGCAGCAACCUGCGCUCGCACAUGCGCAUUCACACGCUGGACAAGCCGUUCGUCUGCCGCUUCUGCAACCGCCGCUUCAGCCAGUCGUCCACGCUGCGGAACCACGUCCGGCUGCACACCGGGGAGCGGCCCUACAAGUGCCACGUCUGCCAGUCGGCCUACUCCCAGCUGGCCGGGCUGCGCGCGCACCAGAAGAGCGCGCGGCACCGACCCAGCGGGGACGCGGGCGCGCCGGUGGGCGGCGUGGUGGUGGUGGGCGGCCCGGGGGUCCACUCGCCCCCGCCGGCCCACCCCCCGCAGCUGACCGCGGUGCCUCACCCCGCCUCCAUGGUCCACCACAUCCCCGCCAUGGUGCUGUGAGCCAAUCAGGGCCGGCGAUGUGGUCAGCUGACCAAUCAUCGAGCACAAGCUGACCGAAGAUUUCUGCACAAACACAGGUCCAGUUGGUGUUGAUGAGCCCGGUUCUGUUUGAUGAUUAAAACGUUAAAACAGAUCAAAUGAUGAUCAGCCCAUAAAAUCCUAGAACUGAAUAAAUAAACUCCUUUUAUUGAUUAUUAAUCAUUUUCCUAUAAACUAAUAUUUAUCAGACGCUCAGAGUCCGGACCCGGUUCCGACCGCCCAGCUGCAUGAUGACCAGUUCUGUUGAUGUUGUGUUUGCGUUGCAUGCUUGGUUCCUGUUGAAGGUCGUGAUGUUGCAGAGACAGAACCGCAGGUCCAGAACCGCAGGUCCAAACCCGCAGGUCCAGAACCGCAGGUCCAGAACCGCAGGUCCAAACCCGCAGGUCCAGAACCGCAGGUCCAGAACCGCAGGUCCAAACCCGCAGGACGUCUGGUCCAGGAGGCCUGAGCUGCCGGGUCUCCAGGCUCAGAUUCUCCUGCCAGAACCUUUCAGACGUUUUGACACAAAGUUACUGGACGUCGGUUCUGAAACGGCUCAGCUUGUGGAAGAACAUGAGAUGAACUCUGCCGUCACUUUAUUUCAUGAAAUGUAUCAAACUGUAUCUGUACAUAAAGGAUGUUAUGACUUCUAUAAACGAUUAUAAAGUCCUAAUAAAGUUUUUCUCCUCGA